AUGUUGUCCAGUGAAUUUGAUGAUCGUCAUCAUGUCAUGAUACUGGAUGGUAUUAUUCCCGAACUAAUUGAAGCUUGCACUACACUUGGAUUUAAAAAGCCUUCUGAUAUCCAAUGUGCAUCGAUUCCAGUGGCAUUGACAGGUCGUGAUAUUAUUGGUCUUGCUCAGACUGGAUCUGGAAAAACUGCUGCAUUUGCAUUACCAAUUUUACAAACUCUUUUUGCCAACCCCCAACAUCUCUAUGCUUGUGUUAUAGCUCCUACUAGAGAGCUGGCAUUUCAGAUUUCAGAGCAGUUUGAAGCACUUGGAUCUGUUAUUGGAGUGCGCUGUGCAGUUAUUGUUGGUGGAAUGGAUAUGAUGAGUCAAUCGAUUGCUCUUUCAAAAAAACCUCACGUUAUCAUUUGCACACCUGGUCGUCUUGUUGAUCAUCUUGAAAACACCAAAGGGUUCAAUUUGAAGCAUCUCAAGUAUCUGGUCAUGGAUGAGGCCGAUCGUCUACUUGAUUUAGAUUUUGGAGCAGAGAUUGAAAAGGUACUCAAGGUGAUUCCUAGAGAACGCAACACAUACUUGUUUUCAGCAACGAUGACAAGCAAAGUUGAAAAGCUUCAGCGAGCAUCACUGGUGAAUCCAGUCAAGGUUGAAGUUGCCACUAAAUACUCGACAGUAGACACUCUGCUCCAAUACUACACGUUUUUCCCUUACAAACAAAAGGAAUGUUAUUUGACGUACUUGUUGAACGAACUUUCUGGCCAAACAUGCAUUGUAUUCACGCUUACGUGUGCAUCGACUCAAAAACUUGCAUUGAUGCUACGCAAUCUUGGCUUUGAAGCCGUAUGUCUUCAUGGACAACUCACUCAACCCAAACGGUUGGGAGCAUUAGCCAAAUUUAAAAGUGGUGGUCGAAAUAUUUUGAUUGCUACAGAUGUAGCUAGCCGUGGAUUGGAUAUUCCUGGUGUCGAUGUUGUGAUCAACUAUGAUGUACCACAAAGCAGCAAGGAUUAUAUUCACCGUGUUGGACGAACUGCACGAGCAGGACGGUCAGGCAAAUCCAUUACGCUUGUGACUCAAUACGAUGUAGAAUGGUACCAACGAAUUGAACAUGCAAUUCAAAAAAAACUGACGGAAUAUCCAUUUGGACAUGAUAAAUCAGCUGUUUUGAUGCUUCAAGAGCGUGUAUCUGAAGCUGUGCGAUUUGCUCAUAUGCAACUCAAGGAUGAGAAUCUCAAACAUAAAGGCAGCAAGCGUGGCCGUGGUGGUGAUGCAGAGCAACGAGAUGAUGAAGAGAGUGCGGCAAAGCAUCUUACUAAAAGAAAGAUAAAGAAGAAUGAUCGAAAAUAA